CAGUCUCGAGUACUGGCUCAGCGUGAGGCCUGAGGCGAAACAAGAGGAUGGUUGUAAGACACAGCGCUGCAGUUCGGAGAGAUCAUGGGAGGAUACUAAGAAACGGAUUUUUCUGAUCCACUUCAUCCUGCUUCAACAGUCAACUCUAUCGCUCCUUGAAGGAGCGCCAGUUGGGUGCUCGGGUGAACCCCGACUGUGCGCGAAAACGGGAUUACUUAGUGCUACCGGGCACCUGUACGCGCCGGCUUUGACCGGGACCGCUCGACCACCCUUACUGUGGGAUGGCGAAGGCACGCUACAUCGUUCGCAACUUGACUCCAGAGGAUCGGAUCCUCUCUCUCUUUUCUGGAGCCACCACCCGGCACCGUGCCUUUGCAUCUAAAAUGUAUAUUUUAGGACGAGCCUAUCAGAAUCCCCGAGAUAUCUUGACGCUCAAAAAAUAACAGCUGACCCAGUACGAUGUGAUAGCCUUGACUUGGCCUUGACCACGUUUCGAACAGGCGCCCGGCAAUGUAUAUAACACCAUGGUGUGGGAAGGCGCCUCUAUUCCUUCUCUCUCCCGCACACUCACCACCAGAAUUUUCUCGAGCUCAACUAUAUUUCUCUUUCUCAUACGAACGAUGUUGCCUGCAAUAUACAC